CAGAGCCCGCCAUUCCUCCCCCGAGCGUCGCGGGGAGCGGACGUGCGUCGUGUUGCGAGCCGGCUUCCGGUUUAUACAUCGCUUACAAAUUUACGUUUGAAGUUUCCGAGUGCUAUUGUAGUUUGUGUCUUCCCGGAUAUUUACUAUAUUACUCUAAUAACUCUUCAUACACUAGUAUCUAGUAUCAAGAUUACCACAUCCACGUUACUUACAACUUAGAGAAUGCUUCGCUACUGGAUCUGUUUGGCGAGCGCGGUGUGCCUAGCGGGGCAGUGCUGCGCGAACUCCUGCCGGGACGCCAACCUCUGCUGCCCGGGCAGGGACAGCUCCUGCGUCGUGCAAAAGGCUCAUCAGAAUGCCAUCAUCGAUGAUGUGAGCGACAAACCCUGCUACUGCGACCACGCCUGCUUGAAGCUCGGAGACUGCUGUCCUGACUUCAGGGAAACUUGUGGAGUGACGGACUGUGUAAUAUCGGAGUGGGGCCCGUGGUCAGAGUGCGACACUGGGUGUGGGUCCGGCAGCAUGCAGCGGUCACGUCGCGUGUUGCAGGCGGCGGCGCGCGGCGGCCGGCAUUGCCCCGAUCUGAUUCAGCGCCGAGCUUGUCAAGCACACCAUGCCUGCGCACCAGACAGUGAUAUACCACUUAGAGAGGAGUCUGCAAUGAUCCUGCCGGGCUCGCUGUCUGUCAGCCGGCACUCCAACGACACCGUCGACAUCCGCAAGAAUCUGCGCCUGCGCAACCCAGACGACCCCGAGUCCAACUCGCACAGGGAAUACUGCGUCCAGUUCGAAGUUUUGAAAGUAUCGAAGGCGUGCCAUCUCGACUCUGACUACAAGGCGCUACGCGAGGGUGAUACAGUGUGCGUGAUGUGCGAGACAGCGGCACUUCGGCGGGACCUGAAGUGGCGAUGUGCGGGACACGGCGUAGCGGGCCACGCUACGAAAUUCUACGCGCUUGUAGCGCCCCACUGUCACGGGAAAUGGCUGCGGACCAAACAGGACUUGGAUAAGAGGGGUGACUGCUGUUCUAGCCCUGACUUCAUAUUUGUUUAAAAAAAAUAAUAUUUAUGAUAGGAAAAGUAAUAAAAUAAAACAUUUUAUUCUUAAAGCAACAUCUGUUUAUUGUUAAAGUUUGAAAUGCAAGAUACUUCAAACGUAUAAGGUUAUGAAACGAAAAUAAAUUGCACAGUUAAAGUAAUAGUAGAUAAUGUAAGACUAAAAAGAAAUCAUAUGUUAUUUUAAUUUAAUUUAUUUGAAAAAAUAACGCGUUAUGUUAAAAUAAACUCCAUAUUAAAAUAAAACUUUCUACAAAAACAUAGAUUUAAGUGUAUAAGGUAGUUAGACUACAUUCAGCUCUAAUCACUGCUACAUAUCUAUGACUCAAAUGACAAGUACCCUGUACCUUCCUUCCUUCCUUUCUGUCAGCCAUGAGACGCCCACUGCUGGGCAUAGGCCUCCCCCAAAGAUCGCCACGAUGCGACGCUGUACCACUAAAAAUGAAAGUAUCAAAACAAGCAAUUUUAAAGGAAUAUCUUAAUAAAGUUAUAAAAAGCUAAUUCUGCUUAGUAAUUAAUUUACUGAAUUACUAAUGUUGAACAAAACAUCACAAUGGUGAUCAUCACCUGUUCAUCAAAAAACAUCCCAAAAAAGGACUUUAUUAAUUACAAUUUUAAAUGUUUUUUAAAUGAAUGUGUACUUUAAGUUAUCGUUAGAAAUAAUAUAAUUUGUUACAAUAGGAAAAUAUUGUACGACUUUCGAAUAACAUAUCCAAUGUAACUUGUGUAAAUAAAAUACUUAUCAAA